CAUAUCUUGAGUUUCAAGACGAGCUUAAGUUCUCAAGACAGCAGUUAAUUCAUAGACAUAACUUAAGACCAAAUUCGAAGCUGAAUCUUAAGUUUGUACUUAGUCAAGUAAAUAUCAUUUCAUAAUCAAAUAUGAAGUAUAACUUGAGAUUUGUAGAUGCAUAGUAAUUGCUCAAGCCACAUCUUAAGCCGGUCUUAAGCCAGCGGCACACUCUUCCUCCACCAAGUGUGGAAACAUGGUCCAAAAUUGCAGAGGAUUUUGAAAAUAAAUGGAAUUUUCCAAAUUGUGUCGGAGCAAUUGACGGAAAACAUGUUACUAUACAAUGUUUUAAAAAUACAGGAUCAACUUUUUACAAUUAUAAAGGCACUUUCAGCACAGUCUUAAUGGGAGUUGCUGAUGCUAAUCUUCGCUUUACAUAAGCAUUAGUUCUGCUGGUAGAGAAAGUGAUGGAGGUAUUUUUCAAAAUCUGGUUUUUGGAAGAUGCAUUGAGACAAAUACACUGCCAUUACCUGUACCUAAAGCCUUACCAGGUACAAAUAUUUGCCUUCCUGCUGUAUUUGAUGGUGAUGCAGCAUUCCCAUUAUUGAAUAAUUUGUUACAACCAUAUCCUGGUGUUAACUUGAGUGCAAAACAAGUUAUUUUCAAUUACCGCUUGAGUACAGCAAGGCGUGUAGUUGAAAAUACAUUUGGAGUAAUGUCAGCCAGGUGGAGAAUAUUUCGACGACCAAUUGUAGCGUCACCUUCAACUGUAGAUAAUAUAGUUAAAAGUUGUGUGGCACUGCACAAUUGGCUUCGAGAUUCAGAUCUGAAAGUUUUACCUGGUCAGAGAAAAUAUAUUCCAGUACGAUUUAUAGAUGAAGAAGAUCGCUUUGGAAAUGUAGAACCUGGUCAAUGGCGAAACGAAGCACCAUCUGGUGCACUUAGAGAUUUAGCAUCAAAUAUAAGAAGAAACUCAGCAAAUGACGCCAAGAUAAUACGAAAUACGUACGCAGAUUAUUUUAUGAAGGAAGGUUACGUACCUUGGCAAUGGAAUAAGCUACCAAACUUUCAACGAGAAGCAUACAUGCAACAGGCAGAAGGCUGAUUUUGAGAAUGACUACUCAUUCGAUGACUAGUCUGAGGACGAGACGAGACACUAUCAGGACGAGAAAGCACUAUUAGGACGAGAGGAGGCAUAAUGAGGACGAGGGGAAGCGUUAUUAGGACGAG